ACACUCUCUUUGCAAAAUUUCACACGGCAAAAAAAAAGUUCAGCAUUCGACCUACGCGGAAACGAUUCCAAGGCCCGAACGAACGACCAAAACCCCAGCUACGGGCAUCAACCGAAACAGAAUCGAACGAGUGGUCGAAUCGCGAAAUCCUCAUCUCUCAGAUUUAUAUCAAUUGGCGACAGCGCAAACUCGAUAAUCAUGUCUUUCCGUGGAGGUUCGCGAGGACGCGGCGGUAGUGGAUUUGGAGGCCGUGGCGGUGGCCGCGGUGGCUUCCAACAGCGAGACAUGGGCCCUCCUGCUCAGAUCCUCGAAAUGGGCAAGUUCAUGCACGCUUGCGAGGGCGAGAUGGUCUGCGAGUCCAUCAACCCCAAGGUCCCUCACUUCAACGCCCAGAUCUUCCUCGAGAACAAGACUGCCGUCGGAAAGGUCGACGAGGUCCUCGGCCCCAUCAACCAGGUCUUCUUCACCAUCAAGCCCACAGAGGGUAUCCAGGCCACCUCUUUCAAGGAGGGCGACAAGUUCUACAUCGGUUCAGAGAAGCUUCUGCCCCUCGACAAGUUCCUCCCCAAGCCUAAGCCCCCGCCUGGAGCUCCCAAGCCCAAGCGCGCCGGUGGUGGUCGCGGUGGUGCCCGCGGUGGACGCGGCGGCUUUGGUGCCCGAGGCGGUGGCCGUGGCGGUUUCGGCGGCGGCCGUGGAGGUCCUCGAGGUGGUGCUCGUGGUGGUUUCGGUGGCCGUGGAGGUGGCCGUGGCGGCAGCGGUGGUUUCUCACGAGGUGGAAGCGGCUUCGGUGGUGGUCGCGGACGUGGUGGCUUCAGCCGCGGUGGCCGAUAAUCUCCUUACCACGAUGACGACUGCGGAUCACUUCUGUUACUAGGGAGGACUAAGUCGACGCCUUGAACUGCUGCUGUAGCACUACGCGACCCACGAGAGCUCCUUGAAGGAAAUGGGGAUCGAAAACCAUGAAAUCUAGGAGGAGGGAAAGAAAGAAGAAAGAAGGGAUUGACAUGUAUUUCUCUGGCGUUGGACGGUAUCUGAUUUUCCAAAGUGCUUUGCUUGGUUUGGCUUUCCCACAUGGCUCUAUAUCCCAAAUCCUGCGAUUGCCAUGCUCGUAUGAUACGGCAUCGGAUUGGAGUUUGUAUGUACAGACACAAGAGGAUUCAACGAAGAAGACAAGAGAGAAACCGAAAAGAACGGGCAACCUUUUAAACUUAACUCAUGUGCUUAUUGUGACAUGUGUACAUUUUCAAAACAAAAAAAAAAGAAGAAAAUUAUGUAAAUCUCCUGUCCACGCUCACGGGGUAUAUACGAGGCUCAAAGCCUCUUAGCUCCUGGAACGCCAUGCAAACAAUCGAAAUCACUCCCCUCGGCGUCUGAGUAACGCCGCGCACAACAGGCCAAGGGCCAAAGUAAAGGCCAGCCCUCCCAGUCCUAGGCCAAAGUAUUGCGCAUCUCGAUAUCCUCUCAAGGGGUCCUUGUCACUACUUUUCCCCAUUUCCACAGCUCCCGCCAUGCCCAGCCCUACCGAAAAGGCGAAAGCUGCUGCUGUAUUGGUGAUGCUGUUUGCGAGCCCCAGUUGUCCCUCUGGCACAUCUCGUCCGAGCACAGUCGAGGAAGCGGGAACAAUCAACACCAUGCCAACUCCCAUGAAGAUGGCGCUGACAAAUGAGUUGGCCCAAUAUGCUUGUUGAGUUGGAGCUGUCGCCAGGAGAGCCGAACUAAUCAGGAUGGCGAUGGACGAGACCACCAUGCUCAACUGUGCUGUAAAAUCACGGUUUGCGAAGGGCCAACAUCCAAAGGCGAUGAUAAUACCAACCACUAGUACUGGCACAAGAGCAGCACUCGUAAGAAGGGGACCCCAACCUCUGACAACUUCGAUAAAUUGGACGAAAUACCAUACCCAGACUCCAAAUGCUGCUGAUGCAGCUGUCACGAAGCCAAGAGUGAUACCAGCAGCCAGGUGAAUCUGCUUAAAUGGCACCAACGGGUGACUGGCGUGUGAUUCGAAGAAAGUGAAUAGUGGUACAAGUAUGAUGCCUGCAAUGAUCAGGAUGUACGUCUGGGGAGUAUCCCAUCCCACAAUAGGCGCCUGGUUCCAGCCAACGCUGAACAAGAUCAAGGCAGCGAUUCCAAAUACGAAACCCAAUACAUCAAGCCGCUUCCACAGGUUGCCUUCGAAAUUGUAGACCAAGAUUCUCUUUGCUGGGAUGACAAGCACGCUUGAAAUACCUAGGACUGUACAUACCGCGGCCAAGCAGUAAAAGGCCCAUGGCCACGAGGCGUAAUUAGCGAACAGGCCUGUCAUGACCGAUCCAAUGACAAAGCCGAAAGGGACAGAGGCAUCGAAGAAUCCCAUCACAAGCAUCUUGCGAGGCCCAGGAGGAUAAGCCCUCACCAGCAUUCCGUGUCCAUUUGGAAUGAUGAGUGCAGGGCCGAUGCCUUGCAUAGCUCGACAGAAGCAGAAGAAGACGCCUCCUCCAUUUUCACUCGUCUGUACAUACACACUGAGACCAGCAAGGAGACUCCAAAGGGCGAACCAAACAUAUCCAGCGAUGAAGGUAUAUCUUUGACCACAGACGUUCCCGAUCCGGUUGCCAAAAAGAGUGGCCGCACCAUAACUCAGUGCAUACGCUGAUGUGAACCAAGCAAGGUGUGUUGUACGCUCUGGUUCGAAGAAUGACUCUCCAAUUCGUCGUGCAGAUGUCAGUGUCUGUGCAAGACUGGCAUAUGUCAAAACCUGUGCCAUACAUAUGACAGCAACAAAAAGGCUUUCGUUGGUCGCAUGGUUGAACUCGAUCAUCCUGGCUCCCUCGUUCAGGGGCUUCCUUCGCAAACCCUGACUUGCGGGUGAAGAAGGAUCUGGGUCGGAUCCCGCACGAAUGUGGGUGACCGUGCCUAGUGGGAGAGAUCGUGUGCCCAUGUCGGGCCUCAGAGCCAUGUAUUGGUGAUGCUGUGUUGUUGCUCGGAAGGCUUCGAAGCGUCUGGCAGCUUGGACAAGUCCGCCAUGGUUGACCGAGAAGUCCGAUGGCGUUGGACCUGUAGUAUAAGCAGGAGUUUCAUUUGGGCGAGGCUCGGCCAGGUUUACUGGAACGCUGAAUCGUGGAGGUGGUGUAUGAGGUGUAUCUAAUCGCGGUGGUAGGUUUGGUGUUGCCAGUCGAAUCAAGUCUUCUGGGACUUGUGCCGAAGUCUCAGUCAUUUCCGAUUCCAUGUCUCCAUCAAGGAGAGAAUCUGUCUCGACAUUUGGAGGUCGUCCUGGCAUAAGUGAUAUGGGCAUAUAGUUGCUUCGACAAGGUGAAACGGGUGAAACAGUCAUCUCUGAUACACUCAUCUGGCUCACUACGUCCAUGUCCAGCAAAUUCACAUUCUGGGAUAUUUCGCUGACGCUUGAAGGACUUCGGGCAUGAGAAUGCGAGUAUAACUGAGAAUUGGAACGAGAGUGAGAGUAAUCUCCAGGCUGACAGUGAAAAUUGAGGUUUGUGUAAGUGGGAGCCGGUGCUGCUGGAGAGUAACCACCAUAUUGUUGUUGAUAAUGAUGGCGAAAAGAUUCGGUGACGGCAAUCAUGGUAUCGGUGACAUGUUGAACGGCAGAGUUAGAUCGAUUUAUUUCUCGACGGGCCUCAGACUUUUCAGAGUCUUGUCGUGAUACGCUCCGAAGCGGCUCCAUUGUGAGGUUGGUGAAGUAGUCAGCAAUGCCAGGGUUAGCAAUAGCCGCCCCUCAUGUCCUCGUUCGUAGAUAUUUUGGAAGUUGAUUAUGGCUGAAGGAAAGUAGGAAGAUGCUAUUAGUCAAUAAAGCAGAUGAUCAAGGCUGCGGAAC